GCAGCGUCGUCUGCUACGAAACGCGAGACGCUCAAACCACUACGUAUCAUCUUGUCAGCAGGCAAGGAGCUUCGUGCCAGCAGUUUCAACCAUGUCCAUGUCCGAAGCUCAGAAGCUGCUUCUGUUAUCGUUCAUGGAAGAGUGCCCGGAGCUUUGUAAUAACAGGAGUUUUAUGCCCGGGGAAACGAAGCAGCAUCGAAGAGCCAAGUGGGACACCAUUGCGGCCUCCCUUAACGCAGUAGGUGGCAUUCAAAAGGACGGUGCGGGUUGGCAGCUCUUGUGGAGGAACUGGCGAUACCGGGUACGCAAGAACGUACGCGGUAACAUAAUUAACAUUGGAGGCACGGGAGGCGGGGCUGGUUCAACUGUCAACCUCACCACUGAGCCCGGAGAAGAAGGCGGCACACGAGUGGUGGACAUAGCAGCAAGCCUACAGGGCCUAGACUCCCGGGUCAUGGCCCUUGUAGGCUGGGACACCGUGGCAGGUGCAACGGGCAGCCUUCGUGUAUCACCGCAAGGAACAGUCACGGAAACGGCAGCAGCAGAUGAAGACAUGCAGGCACCACAACAGGAAAUGGCAACAGAACAGUCUGUACAAAUGGUGUGUCUGCAUUAUGACAAGUGAAGACAAAAAAAACUAAUGUCAUUUUAUGCAGGAUCCAGAACCCCCAGUAAGUGCAGUGCCGAGAGAUGGUACGUCAGGCAAUCAGUUUGUCCAUGAAGACCCCAGGCCCAGCCGUACAAACCCCGAACCUAGGACAUGCCGCCGGCGCCGGAGGCAAAGGGUUCCGCCAUCCGUCACACAACAAAUAUUGAGCCUGCAGAGGUUACUGGUGGACAAAAUUGAACAACUUGGACAGGCUAUUGCUCCCAUCAGUGACUACUACAGGCUCAAGCUUGAGAGAGAGGGGCAGAGAAAUGUGCAGUAGUGAGGGUUGCGGACAGGGGUCAUCAGCCAAGGCUCGAGAGGGUACCCAAGGUCCCCUGCAACAUCAAGAAAAGCCAUCCAUUGUUUCUUUGGAUCCAUAUUCACUAACGUGUGCAGUGUCGCGUGCAACAUUUUGUUUUGUGGGCAUCAUACUUGCCAGUUUAAAUGCCACUACAG